AUGACGCAACCGAGGGUUCUGACUUUCCUCCCGCAGGGUCAGCACUACGCUAUGGCGUUGGCAGAUCAUGUUCGCGACUCGGGCCGGGUCUUAGGUAUUUUGUGCGAUCGCAACGCCGAGCUGCGCAGGCAGCUUGAGGAGGUUCGUGCGGGGGCAGCUCCUGAGGCGGUCGCGGCAGCCGAGCAGCGUUCCUUAGAGCUUGAAGCGGAGGUGACGCGUCUCCGGGUUGAGGCUGGGGAGACCGAGGCCGAGGUCCUUCGCCUAAGGUCCGAGGCGAAGGCGGCUGAGGAGGAGAAAGACAACCUCCGAAGGCUCCUGGAGGGGGCACAGUCCGAGGCUUGCCUGGCCCGAGGCGAGGCGGCCGCUCUUACCCAGCGGCUGGAGGGGGCUUUGGCCGACGCGAAGGGGGCCUCGGAAGCCCUGGCGGCCGAGCGGGAGCGGCGGCCGGAGAAGGAGAGGGAAAUAAUCGAAGCCUACAAGCAAUCCCCCGGCUUCCAACUCGGGCUGGUUCGGUCAGGGCAGGUUACCUAUGAGUACGGGUACCGGAUAGCCCUGGGCCGAUUCCGGACGUGCCAUCCCGGGUUGGGGGUCGAGGCGGAUCCUUUCACCUCGCACCCCGAGGACUUGGACGUAGACAUGCCGAAGGAAGUUCCUUUCGACGAUAGCGUCGGGGGCCCCGACGGCUUAGGGCAGUCUUGAAGUCGGCUCAGCCGAGCCGUUUUUGCUUGUAACUUUUGUGGUCUUCGGGUCAGGUCGUAGUUGUAAUCAUGUGCUUCGUAAAAUCUUCCCAGUGUGCCUUUUUGCUUCGAGAGUCUUCUUGUAUUCUCAUGCUCCAGAAAUAAAGGUCCUUUCCUCGUAUGUUUUUGAGCUUCAGAAAUUGCAUAGCUUCGACUUGGGAGACUUGGGAGAUGCUUAACACGGAUGUUGACCUCAGACAAAGAACUUUUUGAGGUUCUGGAUGUUCCACGUUCUCGGCAAGGAGGAACCGUCCAUUGCUGUGAGUCGAUACGUACCCGGUCGGACCACGGCGGCAACUCGAUAUGGUCCCUCCCACUUGGGGGCCAGCUUCCCCCUCGUUCGGGUCGGGUCGCUGACCUCGGCCCUUCGUAGGACUAGAUCGCCUAACA